GGAGAAUGCACAGAAUAAAAAGGGAGGGUGGUAGGAUAGAGAAUUGAGUCCGACGACGACGGACUGCUCUGAUUUUUUUCUCCGUCUCUCUCAAUCUGGUUUGAAUUGGCAGCAGUUCUGGUUAUUGUCGGCGUUCGUUAUUGUCGUUGUCAUUGCUGUUUUUAUUGUUGUUGUUGCAGAAGGGGGAAGACCAUCUUCGACCCAUCUCUUCUGCAACAACGGCUACUUGCUCUUCAUCCCUGCUGGAACUGGACCCUUGUCUCCCUCGCUUCAGGGUUCUUCCGGAGGUGAAAUACUCGUUUCUUCUCCAAAUUGCAUUUCUCUUUCCACUCUAACAUGUCAACCGUAUUCUCUGCCACGGUUUUGAUGAUUAUGGUUCCUUGCGUUUCUGGAGUUCAUGCACUUUCUACCAGCUCUUGUCCUGAGGGUUUCAUCGCCUAUGAAGAAAAUUUCCCUUGUUACUGGGAUUUAGUGAAGUCAUAAAUGGGUGCAUGUGUAUCAGCGCCAGACAGAAGAAUUGUACCGCGGAGGAAGUAUUCUUACAGAUCCAGCAAACGCCGGGGAAAUGCGCCAAAGAACCGGAUUUGUGAUGCAGAAAGUCGUGUAACGGAUUUUGCUCUAAGUGAGUUUGUUCAUGUUGAUUUUGAAAAGGGUGCAACAACUACAUGCACGAGAUCAGAGGUUUCCAAUUUGACAUUCCAUCUAACCCAGUUGCAAUGGCAUCACCAAGUCGAUACGAAUGCAAAAUGCCAAGAGGAAGCAUGGUUUGAUUCUGCCAGUAUUCUUGACUCUGACUCUGAUGAUGAUGACUUUAGUAGUGUUCAUGAAGACUGUUUUCCUUCUAUAAGCAAUGCAAUUGGGAAUAUCUCAGGUGCCCAAUUACUUCAGUAUGAAGCUGCUACAUUUGUUGAUUCUGGGUGCAAGUAUGAGGAAUUCUAUGAAAGUUACUUGAAAAUAGAUGGAAGUAAAACCGAGAAGUUCUUGAUCAAAGAUGAAUGCAAGAAUGCAGAUGGAUUUUCACUUUUAAGCACCCAAGGUUAUGAGCUUUCUUGCCUGGGGAAGGCUGAUGAAACUUGUACGAAGAUGAAAAAAGUAUUAGAUAAUCCUUAUGGAAGCUACUUUAAAAUAGAUGGAAGUAAAACUGAGAAGUUCUUGAUCAAAGAUGAAUGCAAGAAUGCAGAUGGAUUUUCACUUUUAAGUACCCAAGGUUAUGAGCUUUCUUGCCUGGGGAAGGCUGAUGAAGCUUGUACCAAGAUGAAAAAAGUAUUAGAUAAGCCCUAUGCAAGUUUUAAUGGUCUAAAAGAGGAUAGGCAUGAUUCUGAAGAGAAAACUCAAGAAAGUACCCUGAAGUCUUGUUUACCUCGGUUAGGUCCUUCUGUCAAUUUUAAUGACAUGAAUCAACCUCCAUCAAGUCCAUUGCCUCAAUGGAAGAAGUCAACAGUUAUCAGGCUUUCUUUCAAGCAGAAGUCCUAUGAUGGAGAGGAAAUUUCUGGAAUUUGUGCCUCAAAGAAAUUCCUAUAUCGUCCAAGAGCAGGACUACUGAUUCCAUGUUCAACCGUAGAGAAGCCAACCCCAGGAUGCUGGUCUGCAAUUUCACCUUCAGUCUUUAAGCUUCGUGCGGAGAGCUAUUUCAGAGACAAGCAGAAGUCCCCUGCUCCAAAUUACAGUCCAUAUGCCCCUAUUGGUGUUGAUUUAUUUGUCUGCUCAAGAAAGAUAAACCACAUUGCCCAGCAUCUUGAGCUUCCAUCUGUGACACCAUAUGACAAAGCACCCUCACUCCUAAUUGUUAAUAUUCAGCUGCCCACUUAUCCUUCUCCCAUGUUCCUUGGUGACUGUGAUGGAGAAGGCAUGAGCCUUGUAUUAUAUUUUAAGGUCUCAGAAAACUUUGAGAAAGAGAUCUCCCCUCAUUUUCAGCAUAGCAUUAAGAAACUGGUUGAGGAUGAAAUGGAAAAGGUUAAAGGAUUUACAGGGGACUCAACAGUCCCUUUUAGAGAAAGAUUAAAGAUCCUGGGUGGUGUUGUCAAUCCAGACGAUCUUCACCUGAGCUCUGCUGAAAGAAAACUCUUACACACCUACAAUGAAAAGCCUGUGCUUUCACGUCCCCAACACAAUUUCUAUAGGGGUACAAAUUACUUUGAGAUAGACCUGGAUAUACACCGCUUCAGUUACAUAGCAAGGAAGGGACUUGAAUCAUUUAGAGAACGUUUGAAAAAUGGGAUAAUUGAUUUCUGCUUAAUUAUCCAAGCACAGAAACCUGAGGAACUGCCAGAGAAAGUCUUGUGCUGUGUGAGAUUGAACAAGAUUGAUUUUGUAAAUAACGGUCAAAUACCAACCAUUAUGACGGUUGAUGAGAGUUGAUUUGUAUAACAAGAUGUGGAGUCAUGUGCCAUAAGUUAUGAUAGCCACAGGUGGACAGCUCAAGAAGUCCAUAUUGUAACGCUUCCAUGGAUGUUUCCGGCUUGAUUGACGAAGAGGGCGGAAAAAUCAAUUUAUUAAUUUAAGAGAUGUUUUUUUAAUUUUUUUUUUAUUUUUAAUUCAAUAAUGGUAUCAGUCCUCAACCCAUAUCUGCUUCAGUACUGAGUCUUCCUUAGCAUGAUGCACCCUCUCUAGAUAAACAAUUCCACAGAGUGGGAAAGGAGAAGGUCAGCAAUCAGCAUGAGGUUAAUUCCAUGAAGAUUUUCCUAUCCUGAGAAGUUUCAUUUUUUUUUUUUUUUUUCUGUUUGGCGGAGUGACAGAACUGAGCCACCUCUCCUCUUUUUCCUUGUUUUCUAUUGUAUAUUUGAUUUGUAUUUAAAGUAGAUGGAACCAGUCCAGUCUGUAAAUAAGAUCCAGGUUAGAUCUGUUUCAUGGGCAUCCAAACAAACAUGCCACCUCAACUCAACUCAGUUCAACUGAGAGAUUAUACUCCA